UGACAACUAGCGAACGAGCGUCAUUACCCUCCCCCCGUGCCCAGCACCCUUUCGUCCAGCCUCAGUGCCCACAUGAGCCCUUAUAAGUAUGGUGUAGCGGCUCGCCAUAGUCACCAGCUCCUCCCGCUUUCGACGAACAUCUUGGCCAUGUCUUGGAACCCGAACCAGAGCAGCUACGGCGUCACAGAGUGGAAUGCCUACGGGCCCAACGGAAUGUGGAAUAUGAUGUCAAUGUUCCCCGGCCUCCUUGCCGGCGCGGGGAUGAGUCACCCGGGCUAUAUGUACCCGGGGGCGGGCUACCAGGGUUCCAGCAUGUCCCACACGGCGGGGUUGCCCCAUCCCGCCGCCCUGCCGCACUCCUCUGCCCUGAACCCUGCAGCCGCACUGCAGCGACAUCUCGUUCCGGCCGCUGAGACAUCCCCGCCGCUGUCGCCUUCGGCUGCCAUGUACAAGCCACCCUCUCCUCACGCGGGUGUGGAUCCUACGACCUAUGUCCCAGUCACGCCCCCGCACUCCCCCACGUCCGCCACUCUCGACCAGAGGUUCGCGUAUCCUCUGCCCGCUGCCCAAGUCGCGCCGCGAAGCGUCGUGCCUACACAGCCCUUCGUGGGCGCGCCGGGCAUCGCGGCAUUGCCUGGCCGGGAACCUAUGGCCGCACCCCCGCUCGGCACCACCGUCGUGGAUGUCCCCACGCGGGACGAGAAUGGCCGCAAGCUGCCCCGCUGGAUGAUCAAGCGCGCCAUGUGCACCAUCUGCAGCAAGAGGUUCGAGAGCCGUCACAAGCUGCAGCUGCACCUGUACUCCCACACUGGCGAGCGGCCCCACGAGUGCGAGGUCUGCGGGAUGAGGUUCGCGCGUAAGUUCUGCUACAAGCGCCACCUGAAGACGCACUCGGCCAGCAGGCCCCACGUGUGCCCGAGGUGCGGCCGCGGAUUCCGGGAGAAAUAUGACAUGGAGACCCACAUGAUGACGGAGGUGUGCCUCAAGCAGGCGAAGGGAGACCACCUUUCGAGACACUCCCAUGUCUGACAACUCGCAGGAUAUUCGGAAGUUAGCAGCUAGUCAACUUGUGCUACCGAGGCCGCUGGAUGACGUCGGAACCAGCCUGGCGUCUUCUCGAACGUAGUUUCAACUUCUUAUGUACUGACAAAUUUUAGGCUUUGUACAUACUAUAUUUAGGGUUUUAUCAUGAACUGUGCUGUGAUUUUUAAUGCAUGUAAAUAAACUUUGAUUUUAUA